UCAAACUGUAAUAUAUGUGCAUGAAAUAAAAUAUUUUUUCACCUUUAUUUACGUUUACAAGAGUUUUAUACGCGACGUUCGGGAAAGACGGCCGUUUUUUAGCAGCACUAGACAUAUUUCGUCUGUUCGUCGCUUCAAGCCAAGCAAUCAGAAAUACACCAGAGAUAACUAAAAGUAAAGUUUUUUAGCUCAUUAAGAUUUUUAGAGAGCCGAAAAUAAAAUGAAAGAAAAAUAUGGGAUGCUUAAGAACAUUGGAUUUAAUACUGAAAAACAUGAAGCAUUAAAACUGAAUGAAAUAAAUUUUAGCCAAAUUGAAAUCAACUUAUUUACAAAUGGCGUUUUGUUAGAACUAGAUCAGUUACGCAGACAGCAUGGAGCGUCACUUCGCUAUCUUCUUAAAUGGUCAUUUCAGCUUCUGUCAAUUAAAGACGACCUUUGUGAUAACAAUAUUCGAAAGCUUAACUUUGGUUUGCGCAAACUUUACAAAGUAAAAUUGAACCUGUCCAAAACAAGAAACGGGACUUACCACAACAGAAAAAAUGAGUUCCUCCAUAAAGUUUACUGUAACUAUCCAAAUGAAAUAAUUGUUGACAGCAACGAAUCAACCGAAAAUAGUACUGUAAAUAAGGAAACUCUUACGAAAUUAGAAAAUGCUUUCAAUAAAGUAACAAUACAGAGCAAAGUUACAAAAACAGAGAAUACAAAAUUAAAGAUAGAAAAUAUCAACCGAGAAAAAAUAAUACAAAACCUAGAGAAAAAAUUGAAAAUGUCUACCAAUGCAAAACAAAAUAACCAUGAAUCUACUAAGAAAAGAGAUGCAAAAAAGAAUAUACACGUCCUUAAAACAAAUAUUAAAUCCUUAGAAAAAAGGUUGCUGCUUGAAAAAAUGCAUAUUAAAACAGUUAAAACCAUAUGCAGAAUGGAGAAGAAAAGGCUGAAUGGAAAAAUAAAGUAUUGGGAAGGUAUUGCCAAUAAAACCCGUCACGAAAAGCUAACAGCAAUCAGCACUCAAGAAAUACAGAUACAAGAACUUAGAAUAAAAAUAAAAGUAAAUGAAGACGAAAUUAAAAGAUAUUCAAAAAUAGUAAAUGAGCAAGCCGAGCAGAUUGAUUAUCUUACAGAUUUAAAUGACCGUACAAUUGAUCUUACUACACAAUCAAAAAAUGGUCAAUACACUUAUAACAGUCAAACAGAUCAGUGUGUAAUGGACCUUCUUGACUGUGGACUUUCAUUUGAGAAAGUUGGACCAGCAAUUAAAAAUGUUUUAAGUAUGUGCGGAUUAAGAUCAAAAGACGACCGAUAUCCUAAAAAGGAUUAUGUUUCUAAUUGUAAUAUGAGGCGUUUAGCAAUAUCUCAAGUACAGACUGCAGAAAUUUGUACAGCAGCUGCUAAUCAGACAUUGUACACCGACGAAACUCGAAAGUUUGGAGAAACAUUUUCUUCUUUCAUUACAACGGAUGAGAAUAAGACUCCUUUUCUACUCGGUCUUAAGCAGAUGUCCAACAAAGCUGCCCAGACACAAUUAGAUACUUUGAAAAGUAUUCUUAAUGACAUAGAAACCAGGAUUAAUUGUCUAGUCGAUCAGAACUUACAAACAUCCAAAUCAUUUAAUAUACUAAAAAACAUUAAAUAUACAAUGUCUGAUAGAGCUGCUACAGAGAUAGGCAGAUUUUACAAUAAGAAGGAAUUAUUGUUUUUUUUUUUUAACCAGCUUUUAAAGGACUACCGAGAUAAACUUUUGAAGGAACAUGUGGAACAGUACGAUGAUUUGCCUGAUGUUGAAAAAGAUAUUCUAUCGCGUAUGUACAACUUUUUCUGUGGUCUACAUCUAACAGUUAAUAUUGCAGAUGUUAUAAAUAAAGUGUUCAUGCAAACAAAAAAUAUCGAAGAUUUUGAUAGCGAUUUCAGUCAUGAAAAAGCAGGUGAGGCCGAUAUUCUUAGAGCUUUAAGAUGCGUUUGCAAGGCUUUCGCAGUUGGUGGUGAUGAAAAAUGCGGCACAUCUCUUGAAUUCAAAACUUAUCUGAAUCGUAAUGACAUUAAAACUGUAGAUAUCAAACCAUUUCACGGAAACCGUUUUAAUAUAGUUUUUCAUAAUGGUGGAACAGCUUUUCAUUUACGAGAUUACAUUCAUAAAUUUUUAACAGAAGUCAAGUCUGAAGGACAUGUAUCUAAGUUAAAUGGUUUGUUAAGAGCUGUUCUGAAAUCCAUCAAAGUCCCAGAAAUAAUUACAGGAUUUCGUGCACUUGGUAUAUGCAACAAAUUUAUAACUACUCCUCUAUUGAAAGUUCUAGAGAACAAAUCUACCCAUAUCUUUGAUAUGAACCAACGAUACCAAACUUUGGUCACUUAUCUUGAAAACGUAUCUGUUGACCUUGAACGUACACAGGAACUAUUGACAGGAGAGUAUGUACCUUUCCCAGACAUCGCCAUAAAAAAAGAUGAUGUUUGGGCUUCUUUGGUGCAUAGCGAAAAUGAUGCGCCCUGCGCAGCUCUUCUUGUUGAAAUGUGCUCAUCUGUUUGUAAGGCUUUGAAAGAUAAGGUUGCUGACCAUUUAGAAGAUGGGCAAUUUUCUGGAAACCACGAAACUGACCGUGAGCAAUUUUCAUCAGUUUUACCCCACAAUAAAUUGCCAGAGAGGGUGUUUGGGCAGUUAGACUGGUUACUGAGACACAGACCUAACGCAAGUAAGAUAGCAAAUGAGGCACAUAUUAUGUACAGCAUGAAUCGGACAGCCAACUGGUUGCAACAAAAAGACGACAAAAAAGUCGAGGAACUCAUUUCAUGGUCCAAAAAAAAUUUGAAAAGUAUGAAAGAAACUGAAAAACUAAGAAUACAGGAACUCGAUUCAAAAUUAAAACAAAUCAGCAUCGAUAAGGAAAACAGAACCAAAGCUUUGGCAGCAAAAUCAAAAGAAAGAAAAGAGUCUUUGACACAGGAAAUAGUGAAACUUGGCUUUUGGGAUAAAAAGGGUGUUGUAAAUGCUAAGUUAAAGAAAUUAAAGACACAAACAGCUAAACGUAAUGCGUUGAAAUAUCAAAUCAAUUUCAGGAACUAUGUUUUGGAACAAAAAGCAGACAUAAAAUAUUUCCGAGUCACCAAAUACCAAAGACAAACUGUCACAAUUAAUCAGUUGAAAACCAACUUAUUGACUCUGAUUUCCAUGACAACGAACAACUGUGAAAGUAGAGAGAACAGAAGUGAGGAAUAAAAGUGAUCGAACGAGAAGAGGAAUGUGCUAGUGAUUUUAGACAAUGUGAUCUUAAGCUUCCAGAGUCAAUAAAUUCAUUCAUUCAAAUCACCUGAUAUUAGUUGAAGAGGUUGCUAUGUGUGACCUUGGUUGUUUGUUUUUAAUUUGUUAUUUAGUCAUGGCCUUGUCUUGUUUAUCCAUUCGUAUAUCCGGUACACAAAUAUUGAGAAUUGUUCUCCAUACGUUACUUAAUAAAGUAAGUUUAAUAGUAUCUUCUCUAAGUAGAUAAAAUUUUAUUCUCAAUCUGUCUCCAUAAUACAAUACGUAAUGAAGAUAUUGCAUCUUUUAUAACCCUGCCAAAUUGUCAUAUAAAAAUAUGGAGCUAUCCACCAAAGUACCAAUGAAGUGGAUGUAAAAAUAAUAGAUAACCGUAAGUCCUUCAACAAUGAAGAAAAACCCAUAACUUAUAGUCGGCUAUAAAAAGCCCAACAUUACAGUAAUAGGAAACAAAUAGAUUGAACAAUCAAUUUCAGGUGUAUAAUUUACUUCAUAAUUUUAUGUAAUCAAUUUCACGAUUUCAUGGAUCAUUCAUGGAAUUAAAAUGAAAAGAGUUACCUCCCAUUCAAGAAAUGAUUUUGGUGAUAGUUAUGCACAGUUGAAGUUGUCUAUAUAUAAUAAUUCAUAUUAUACACGUCUCAAAACAUGAUCUAAUAAAUAUUCAAGCAAUGCUGUGUAUUAUUAUAAACAUGUCCAAAUAUUUGCAAAUGCCAGUUUUUCACAUCCUUUUAGCGUUUUUGGAAAGUCAGUAUUUCUUUGAAGUAUAUCAUUUUUUUUCAUUGUUUCAACAAGACCAUGUGUACAAGAAGUAUCCUCAAUAAGACUACGGUUGGUAUUCCAUAUUCCAUCGUAUUUAAUGCAUGAUCGGUAAUGAUGUAGUCAUAUAAAAAUAAAGUAAAGCAUAUUUUUCAGAAAAUAGAAA